GCAGACUGAAACCGGGACAGAGUAGUACGCACUGCUGAACACUCUGAACUGGAAGUUGUGUGAAGUUUUCCUUGAAGAGCAACAAGAGGUUUUUUCGGAUCAACCUGUAAAAUAAUUCCCUCUUUUACACUUAGCAGCUCCAACGGAGCAGUUAGGUGAAACCUUGUAAGUCUUCCCUACCAGAGCAAUUUUUACAUUAUAAUUUAAGAGAGGGAAAGUAAAGAAUUUCCCAACCAGGUUAUUUAGGGUACCAAGGACAUUCUUUUGGGGACCCAGAGGUUUUUUCUUUCGAGCUCUUCCCCUUCCUCGGGGAGGUCAGCAGUGCCUGACAGAUCUUCUUGGGACUUACCACAAAGACAGCCCAGACACCCCUUGUGGUGGUGACUGAGCUGAGCUUCGGACUCUUUGCACGUCCUCUGACAAACCAAAGACCAUGCUGAACCUGAAGAAGUACUUCACGGAGGGCCUCAUCCAGGUGGCCAUCCUGCUCAGCCUGUGUGGGGUGAGGGUCGACGUGGGACUGGAGCCUCACCUGCCUCCCUCCUGGAACGAGAUGAUCCUGGGGCCAAGCUCGGCGCUCACCCAGACCCAGUUCCACAACCUCCGCAACCGCCUGGGGGACGGCCACGACCUGCACCCCAAGAGCGUGGACCUGGACGGCUUCUUCACAACGCGAAGGCUGCUGGGCUGGGUCCGCUCUCUGGACAGACUACAGGUUCCUCAUGCAGAGCUGGAGACAUGGCUGGUCCAGCGGGAGCCGGAUCCUCUUCCCAUGGUAUGUCCAGACCUACUGGAAAGAGCACCAGUUGGGGUAGAAAGAGACCGCACUGCCCUGCCUGUGGAAUCCAGAGAUGGACUUGGUACCCAGCAGGAAGAAGAGGAGGACGAUAAAGAGGAAGAAACGGAUGAUGUUCUCCAUCACGGUGGCACUCUGGAGGAGCCAGGAGAGGAAGAGGAGUUGGAACACCUGGGAGGGAGGACAGAGGGAAGAGGAAGACUUGGAGGUUCCUUCAGCCGUGCUAACAACCGAGAGCUAGCUCAGAAUGAAGGAGACCAGACUUCUUUCUCCCUCCAGGAUUGUUUGAGGAUGUUGGAGGAAACCUUUCCCGUCACAGAAGAACAACAGUUUCUUGAUGUUGGUGGUAGAAGUGGAGGUCUGGAGCCUCAGCCACCAGGCAGGGAGCCCUUGCUGUCCCAUAUCAUCCCUACUGGUAACCCUUCCUUGGACUUGGAGCUCCACUGGCAGGACCUGUUGGCUAUCAUGGAGCCUGAGAACACAGAAGUUGACAUGAUGACUUCAUUUUCCCCCACCCCAAAUUCAAGAGAAACUGAAACCCUCCAGGGUGUUCGGUCUGAAGCUCUGUACCAAAACUGUCGCGCCCAUGACGACAGCCUGACAGAGGCUGAGCACGAGGUCCUUUUAAUGGAGGCUCCCCUGCAGCACGGUUUUUGGGAAUCUCCAAGGCAGCCAGAGCAGGAGACAGCCCUGCUUCCCCUCACACCCAGUGCAGAGUUGGAUGACCACAGUUCAGCCUUAAACACAAUGGACACUUUGUGUGGAAACUCAAAUUGUAAUCCCUUGUACAGUAUUCCAAACCACACACAUCUGCUUGCCCAAGAUCCUUCAGAAGACUUCACUUUGGGACUAAAUGCAGAUGACAACUCGACUACCCUCAACAUAAAUCUGCUAACACAAGGUCUUGCGGAUGCAGUUGAAGGCCGUCCAGGUUCACAGUUUUCUCCCCAUCCCGACAACCAUCCUAGCUUUGAUGCUAACUUUCAUUCACGUGACUUGACACCUUCCAGUUCUACCUCAUCACCGGAGGGGAAUGGUAUGAAUCAAGAGCCUCUGACGACUCUCUCCAGUUUCUUUCUUGUCGAUGAAGAGGAGGAUGUGGAUGACGAAGAUGGUCUCCCUAGCCCACUUUGUGACCUCUUAGAGGAUGAUGUCAUCUUGGAUGAGAUGAGAUUGUUGGACCUUGCUCUGGAUGAAGGAUUCAGCCCUGAAAUGGCAGCCAAGCUGGAAGAGGAGGGUUUCCUUGAGAGUGAAGCCUCCCAACAGGAAACUGUUAGAGAUGUUGAACAGUCAAGCUCUGGCGUCUCAAGCUCUGGCGUCGCAAUCACGGACGAUCAGGGUCAACCAAGAACACAUCAGCAAGACGGCGCAGAUCAGGCAGACUCAGACUCUGGUCUUUCUCUGGACUUCAGCCGCAGCCCUGCUUCUCCAUGUGCUUCAGAGGCCUCCUCUUAUUCCUCUUCCUCAACCUCCUCUUCAUCUUGUAUGUCAGCUGUGGGAAGUCUCUUCUCUGAAGAUGAGGACGAAGACGCUGAGGAUGAAGACACUGAGGAUGAAGACGCUGAGGAAGGGUUAGUUGAUUCAGAUAUGGAAGUUGAGGUGACCAUAAAGCAGGAGGAGCUUGAAGAGGAGGAGUUGGGGGCCGUCGGAGGAGGUUACCCUGAAGAUGUUAAGAAACCCUUCCCUCCCAACUAUGGAGAUCACAAGCUGUAUAAUGGCUUGCCUUGGCUGGAGCAUAUCGACCACGAUCACACGUACAACCAGCCCUGGUCAUCCGCCUCCUCUCCAUCCAUUGGCAAGAUGUCAACCAAAUCCUCCCUGCGAGAUGACAAUGCCAAGCCUUACCGCCGGUCCUCUUCCAGACACAUCUCCGAGACCAAAAUGUGGUGCCGGGAUGAACGACGUGCACGAGCCCGGAAGAUCCCUUUCUCCAAUGAGCUGAUUGUUAAUCUGCCAGUGGAGGAGUUUAAUGACCUACUGACCAAUUACCAGCUCAGUGAGGAGCAGCUUAUACUCGUCAGGGACAUACGACGCCGCGGUAAGAACAAAAUUGCAGCCCAGAACUGCAGAAAGAGGAAACUUGACGUGCUGUUGGAACUGGGAGACAAUGUGUCAGGUUUGAGGCGCUACCGUUCGCGGCUGCUCCGAGAGAAACAGGAAGCCUUGAGGAACCUGCAGGAAAUGAAGCGACGACUGGGUUCGUUGUACCAGGAUGUCUUUUCCAGGUUGAGGGACAAGGAGGGAAUGCCGCUGAACGCUAUGGAGUUCCAUCUCAAUUUUGAGUCCGAUGGUAGCGUCUCGGUAGCUUCACGGCAACAAGGGGCGGCACUGCCGCUGGCAAAAACCAGCAAGAAACAGAGGGACAAGAAGAAGUGAGCAGGGGAAUAAGCCAUAUUCUGGCUUCUGAAGCUUUGGGCAUUAACAGGAGUGUGAUCUAACCACAGAAGAAGCAGGAAAUACCGAUGCGCUGGUUACUGAAGGUACACAGAAAUUCUUGAUCUAGUCUCAGUGGAAGGUGCUGAAAGGUACCAUAAAAUCCUCAAAAACCCAAACGGAUACUCCUGAUACUGACGUUUUUUUAUUCAAAGAUAUGGUGGGUGGCUUGAUGGAUAGAGGAACUUUGAAAAAGGUGGUGAUUAUCAUUAUGGUGAUGAUGGUGAUAAGAAAUGAUUUACUCCAGGAUGUAUUGCUCUCCAUUCUUCAUUAUGAAUAAUUUCUACACUGGAAAAGGACUUGGGUUCAUCUAUUGUAAAGUUCAAACCACUCUGCGGUACAUCUCUGCUACUACAUAGUGGGAUGAAAACAACAGCCUAUAGAUGACCUGGGACCAGCACUUUAAAAUGCUUGUUCAAUGCCUAUGCACAAUGCUGCUGGAAAACACUGAGCUGUACAAGACAGCAGAUUGAUGGCAGGCUGGAUCCUGGCUGUCAGCUGAUAUAGCUGAACAAUCACAGACACUGCAAUGACUCUGGGUCAUCAAGGAAGAGUUGCUGAAACACAGAAAGGGAAGUUGUGAUCAUGCCCCCCUCAGCUGGUAGGGCGUCUCACUCAAAGACACUUCAGCAGGUUUCUAGAUGGGGCAGUAACCACAGACUGCCCUGCUGCCAAAACGUACCAUGAUAUUUGCCAAAGCCUCUCCGGCCAUCUCCAGCAGAAGCCGUUCAAAUUCGACGGAGAGAGGAAAUAUGCCACCUUGGCCAUUUGCUGGACGUCUUGGAUUAGCAGAAAUAAAUGAAGACUGGCUUCACGUCUGGCAGUUUUCCUGGAAAUUGACCCUUGUUUUAGACCUUGUCACUGACUUUGAAGGUAUCAAAGACAAUUCGCAAACAGCAAAACUUUGAUUUGGCUAUAUAAGCUAUGAUUUGGCGGAUAGUGCACUUGGAGCUCCACCCAUUUUCACACCUGUGUAAACCUGGCCUGAAACUCACCAGAAAACUCAAUACAUAAGUCUGUUCUGAAUAUGAUUAACUGACUGAGGAGUAAGAGGGGCCUGCACUGAAUUUUUUUUUUUAUGUUCUGAAUGCAUGAUAGUAUUGAGCCUGUGCCUUAGGCAGAAAUGUUUUUUUGUUUUUUUUAUUGUAUUUUCAACACACCUGUGUAGCUGUAGAAUUGAGUACUUCAAAUAAUAUGGUGGGAAUCUGUAUACCAAUGUAGCUCAAGGUUUAGCCCGCCCACCACCAAAAUGCAAAACACAGGAUUGGAACCUGUUGUCAGAUCUUAUAUACAUGAGUAAAACCAUACCAACAGUCUCUUUUUUCCUUACUGUGUUACUCCGUUUUUUAACAUCCUCUUAUUUGGCCAUAUUGCUCCAUUAAUUUGGCCAACAUAGCUUUUGCCAGCUAGCAAAAAAUGCAAUGUUUAGUUCAGGAAUACAGAGCGAACUAAAUCUUCUCCCCCUCUUUUACAGCACACAAACAUAUCUAACAGCCCUCAAAUUUAUUCAUUUAUAUUUUUUUGAUUUAAACAAGCCUCUAAAACUUGCUUUUUCUGAACAGAGAACUGUUUUUUUAUUGUGCAACAGAGCUCCACUUCAUUUUUAUUUAUUUUUUAUCUGGAUUUACUCAUUUCAAACAUGGUUUGGUAAACUCUGAUUAGAAAUAUAUAAAUAACAAGGCUGAUCCAAAGGUAUCUCAAGAAGGCCGCCAUUUAAAAAAAGUGUGUUUAUAGUACUUGAUCACAUUUAAAAUUGGAAUUUAAAGUUUUGGUGCAACAGAAUGAAAUUUAUUUAAGGAUAAGAGUAAAAAACUAAACUGAUUCAAACAGGUUCAAAAUGAAUCUUUGAGCUAGUUUUAAACUUUUGGUGCAGCAUGAUUUAAUCUGGUUUAAAAAGUAAUCCUUGUUGGUGCACCCCAGGCCUUAAUGUUUUAAGAGUGGUAGGUCAAAAUGUCCUCUGUUAAAAAGAAGUGGUUUUGAUGAAAACUCAUGCAACUGUUUUGUUGGCAAAGCAAAUUUAGAAUUUCUCAGGAAUGAGCACAGCCAGAAGAACAUGCUCACAGUAACUACUGUGUAGUCAGACCUCCGACCUCCGACAAACACAUUAUUUUCAGGCUAGAAAAUGUGUGACACCUCAAUGGCAGAUAAAUGCAGUGGACUGAAACUAAGGAAAUCCUGUCCUUCACAUUUAUGAAGACUAAUAAUAACCUGCCUAUCACUAACACUGACGGAACAAGCUUUUAUUAUUUGUUUAAGUGUUUACUUGUUGUGCUUGCUGGUAUUCAAGGAAGUGGGACCUUGUCUUCUUUAAUUCAAAAAAUAAAAAUAAAUAAAUUGUA